AUGGCGCCCGAGCAGAGCUCCAAAGUGUACAGGCUGAGAUAUGUGCCUCGCUAUGCGGACCGCCUGGAUGCCGCCAAGAUUCUGGUCGGCUGCAUCCCUGGCCUUCAGUUGGAGGAGAUUCAAAUCAGCUCCCUGGCAUUAGCCGUCGAUAGUCAGUCGAGUAAAACAGCAACGGUUAUGUUCAAGUCCACACCUCAUAUUCUCGACCGCGAACCGAGCCAAAACCAAUGGGACUUUACCGUUGCUGGGCUCCCGCGAUCGAUUGUGCUGGACACCCACUUCUAUGGCCUGACUCCAUUAAAUGAAGUGGAUGAGAGCAGUCAUAUUACUGACUGUGUAGUCAUCUCUGGGCUGGGAAGCCACCCCAUGGGAUCCUGGCAGCCAAGGGGUGCAAAAAGCUUCAUGUGGAUUCGCGAUGAAUUGCCAGAUUUGCUCACCGGAAUUAGGUUUAUCAUUUAUGGCUAUGAUACCAAACUUCCUCAAAGCAAAUCAUUCCAGACACUUUCCGAUCUAGCGAUAUCAUUUAUUGCUAGUCUUCAAGCUGGUGACUGGGUGUCGAAGCCGUUGCUCUUUCUUGCUCACAGUCUGGGCGGUGUUUUAAUGAAGCAGUCAAUUGUUGCUUUGUCUGGAAACCAGACGGAACAAGAAAUCCUAGAUGCCAUGAAAGGUGGUAUCUUUUUCGGUGUGCCUAGUGUAGGUAUGGCCGUGGAAGAUAUCUAUGGGAUGCUGGGCGAGCAGCCUAAUACGGCACUCCUGGACUGUCUCUCAGAUAGAUCCGACUAUGUGCUAAAGUUGGAAGAGGAAUUUGAGCGUGUAUCAUCUUCUCAAUGUAUGAGGGUGAUUUGGGCAUAUGAAACGCACGAGACGCCGAGUCUUUCACAAUCUGGAGAGUCCUGGGGCCGGUCUGGAACUGGCGUCGUCAUGGUUCCGCCAUCUUCAGCCACAGGAGGCCGUAUCAAAUCCAUAAUAUUACCUCUCGGCCCAAUCACCUCAAACGAUCAGGGCAUUCUUCAAAUCGAUGCCGAUCAUUCGAACAUGGUCAAAUUCACCAGAGGACACGAGCUAAUAAGAACUGUGGCCGGCAAAUUGAAGCAAAUCCUGCGCGGCGAUAUUCAACUUGAAGGCGUGUACCAGCAAGGCGAGAGCCGCGCCACAUCCAAUGGUGCCCCCAAAUCGACAUCUGCCUUUCGUGUGCGAUGUGAAGAUUUACUUUCUGCUUUGAUUCAAAUCAAUCAUGUCCCAGCUGACACACCAAAAGCUUUUGACUUUGAACACGAAGUCUCGAGAUUUCUCGUCUUCAGUGGGGCGAUGAUCAAAAUGGCGAACCAAAUGAGCCACCAGAUGUUUAGCACUCGCUCUCAGCUCCCAGUAUGGAUUAAUGACGUUGAAGACUUGCAAUGGCUAUUUGAAGAGAUGUGUUCUUCUCCAACAGCGCACGGUGCGAGACUCGUAUCAGUUUUGAACAGCUGCACAGACUCGUGUUCCAAGACGCUGAAUGUAAUUGAAAGCACAAGCGUGUCCACGGAGAAGAAGUUCUUCGGUCGCCCACCCAAUCGAGACUCCCUGAAACAAAUUCUAGGGCUAAGUAACGACAAAGAGGAAGUGAUACGGCAAUGUUUUGAGCAAUUGUCAAGAAGUAGAUCUAUUCUGAUUGUAUCACUUGAGCUGUUGAUAGCGGACUUGAGUUCGGAAAACUUUCGAAAACUCAAGGAUUCCCUGGAUUUGACAUCCGAAGAGUCCCAAUGUAUUGGAGCCCUACGCAUCACCGACCCGACCAGUGAUCGCGACUGCAUCACGACUGACAAAGGAGAAAUUGUCAAGGGGACAUGUAGGUGGAUUCUAUCAACCGCGCAAUUCCGGUCGUGGAUAGAAGGUUUUGGGGUCUCUCGGACACUUUGGAUAUCAGCACCACCAGGCAUGGGUAAAACCCACCUCUCCAUCUUUCUAUCCAAGCGCUUGCAGCGCCUGUGUGAGGUCCAGAAAGACAGCAUUGCCCUCUUCUUUUUUUGCGACAACAAGGUGGAAACACGGAAUACGGGCAGCAGCAUACUUCGCGGUCUAAUAUAUCAGUUGAUUCAGUACCGCAAAGAACUGGUGAGGAUCCCUCUGCAGCAGUGGAAAAUACAGGCAAAUGUCUUCUCCAGUGCAAAUUCGUUUCAAUCUCUCUGGGGAAUCUUCGAGGAUAUAAUAGAAUAUCUGCCGGAUACCAAGGUCUACUGCCUGAUUGAUGCGUUGGAUGAAUGUGAGAAGGAGUCAGCGCUGCUGGUAUUGAAGAAUUUCAGCAAGCUUAUUGAAGCAAAAUCAACAGUCAAGCUCAUCGCAGUAAGCAGGAGACACCCGGAACAUAUCGCUGAAUCCCUGUCUUCAGCUAUUCCUGUUGAGAUUGAUAGUGACAUAGCCGCAAAGGACGAUGUCAAACGCUAUAUUACGGACAGGGUGGGCAACUUGGCUCGGAUCAAAGGGAUUUCCAACAAACCAUUACAUCGUCAGAUUGAGGAUGUGUUCGUCACAAGAGCACAAGAUACGUUUUUAUGGGUCAGUUUCAUGACGCAUGAGCUUCUUCCGAAGACAGUGGUGCAGAUAGAAGCGGCACUGGACCAGCUACCGACGGGCCUCUACGCGGUUUACGACCGAAUUCUCGGGCAAGUCGACCCUGAAAAGGCAGAGACCAUAUCAAAACUUCUGGCCUGGGUCGCAUUGGCUGCAAGGCCGCUUGCAGUGUCGGAAAUAUGUGAAGCGUUGCAUAUUCAAUCUACGCCGUUCGUUGAGCGUGAUGGAGUUUGUAUGGAUUAUAUAACAGCGUGCGGGCACUUACUUCAAGUCACACAGCUUGAGGCUUGUGCGUUUUGGGACAUUGACUGCGAGUGUGACGACGGACUAUUUGAGGAGGACGGAAAGCAGUAUCAACAGCAAGUCACUUUGGUUCACCAGAGCGUCAAAGACUAUCUUCUGAAUAACCAAGCGGAUAUCAGGAUGAAAUUUCACGUUCAUGACCCACGACGUAUGCACGAAGAAAUAGCUACUAGGUUAAUGGAAGAAAUGAGAAAUGGAUGUGUGAACGCUUGUGAGAGCUACCCAGAAUGGUCAUUGUCGAGGAGAUUAGCAUGGCCGCUUGGUAUCUAUGCCGUUUGUCACUGGGAUUAUCAUUUUUUGCAGGCUUCCAACUACGAGGCAUUUGCCCACCUGCAUGAGGAUUUCUUCAGUGAGAGAUCGGCUCUUCGAGACAAGUGGUACAAUUGCCGGAAUGGUGAUCUCGAAGAAGACGAUCAACCAUCACUGUUGGCUGUCGCAUGCGAGUUCGGCGGGGAAGGUCCAACGCGGCGGCUGCUGCAAUUGAGGACGGAGCAGUUUGGGAGUCGCGAAGUCGAAGCCUAUGUCAACCAAGAAUUCGGAACAGAUCUCGCCACCGCGCUGGAAGUGGCCUGCAUCGCCUGUAAACACGACACGGAGGCGGUGUUGACGCUCUUGCUUGAAUACGGUGCAUAUCCUACCAAGAGGGCGUUGACCUCUUAUUGUUGGGCGUCCGAUGAGCCAACCACCUUCGCCCGGAUGCUGGCAAGCAGAGGCGCCCGGGAAUUGCUGGAAGCACGAGGAGAUGAAAUUCUCUGUGAAGCUGCUUGGUACAACAGGGUCAGCCUGUGUCGUGUAUUGAUUGAAACAUAUGGGGUGCCCGUCGAUGCGAGAAACGAGCUCGAUCAGUCAGCACUCGGCAGCGCCCUCCAAAAUGGACACAUGGAACUUGCAAAUAUUUUGGUUAACAAGUGGCGGGCAAGCACUGAUGACCAUUUGCAUCUACUAAACAGCGUUUUUAGUUCUUAUGAUCACGGUACUAACUUGCGAAACCUUCACCAUAUCAUCAAGCAGUGGGAUAUCAACAUCAAUGCGUCCCACCCUGUCUCUGGAAGAGGUCUCGUACAUCAAAUGCUUAUGGCAUACUUGAGUGAAAAAGACCUGAAAUUGCUUUUGCAUCUUGGGCUCGAUCUGUCCGCACAAGAUCUCUGUGGGAACACCAUCUUGCAUAGCAUGCACAGUAAGUAUAGCUCGCUAGACUCGGUGAUGGUAGGCAUGGAUGUGCUCCGGCUUCUCCUGCAGGAUGAGCGCCUCAAUGUCGAUGCCGUAAACGACAACGGCGAAACGGCUCUGCAUUUGUUUAUUUCCUCCUCCAAGAGCUGGUACUAUUAUGAUACACAAACAAUCGCCAGCAAAAAGUUGUGGAAAAUGGCCAAAAACUUACUGGACUUGGGUGCCGACCGGAAUUUGAAGAACAAGAAAGGCAAGUCUCCUUUGGACCUGGCCUACGAAGGUGUAGAUAGCGCGUGGGAAAACUACCCAAGCUCGGGCUCGACAUCUCCAUCGCUUUCUUCAUUCUCGUCGGGUGAGGAUGAAAAACGUAUGAUAUACGAGUACAAGCUAGAUGUGUUUAAUCUUCUCUGCGCCUACGCAACAGUUCCUCUCUUUAGUCCUACAUCGGAAAAGGUUGAGGCAGAGACAGCGGGUUCCCACCAUAGAGAUGAAAGUAGCACCCAAACAUUGAGGGCAGGAGCCAAAAGAUUUGGCAAAGCGCUGCACUAUGUGAGCUCUUUCCUCCAUGAUCAGAGGGGACGGUGGUUUGGUCGACCACGCAGGCGGAGGGUGCUUGUGAUUCGUGAUUCGAAAGCCACAUCUCGAUACACUCUUCGCUGA